GGGGCUCUAGGCCGGCCUCUCUCCGCGGGCCGCGGGUAAAACGCCGGCGGCGAAGGGCGCGCGAAGGGCCGCCAGCCGGGCGGCGUUGGCUCUGGCGUCGGGGUGACAGCGACGCCCGGAGCCGUUUCCGCCACACCAGGGGCGGCUGCUUUCGCUGCGAGCGGGCUCUGCGGCUGCCUGGCGGGUCUCUGCUAAGCGCCCGACCCUUCUCUUCCCGGACCCCACGCCAGCAGCGACCCUGAGCCGACAGCCGGAGCUACCGGCAAUGGCGGCCUCGACGGCCUCGCACCGGCCCAUCAAGGGGAUCCUGAAGAACAAGACCUCCUCGACUUCCUCCAGGGUGGCCUCGGCCGAGCAGCCCCGCGGGAGUGUGGACGAGGAGCUGAGUAAAAAAUCACAGAAGUGGGAUGAAAUGAACAUCCUGGCAACCUAUCAUCCAGCAGACAAAGACUAUGGUUUAAUGAAAAUAGAUGAACCAAGCACUCCUUACCAUAGUAUGAUAGGUGAUGAUGAUGAUGCAUACAGCGAUACAGAAACCACUGAAGCCAUGACUCCAGACACCUUAGCUAAGAAAUUGGCUGCGGCUGAAGGCUCAGAGCCAAAGUAUCGGAUUCGGGAACAGGAAAGCAGUGGAGAGGAGGAUAGUGACCUCUCACCCGAAGAACGAGAAAAAAAGCGACAAUUUGAAAUGAAAAGGAAGCUUCACUACAAUGAAGGACUAAAUAUUAAAUUAGCUAGACAGUUAAUUUCGAAAGACCUACAUGAUGAUGAGGAAGAUGAAGAAAUGUCAGAGACUGCAGAUGGAGAAAGCAUGAAUACAGAAGAAUCAAAUCAAGGAUCUACUCCAAGUGACCAGCGACAAAACAAAUCACAGAGUUCAUAGAAGAGAGUUCUUCAGCCUUGCAGUUGUUUGUCAAAUACAAACCCUGUUACUAUGAUACACUGCUUCUUGUUCUCCAUAAUUCAUGACUUGAGUACCAAAAUACAUACCAGUUACUAUAUAUUGCCAAGAAUUAAAUGAUAACCUUAGAGACUGAUUAGAUGGAAAAUGCCUGAUACAUAUAUUCUUGUGCCUAAUCCUACACCACAAAUACAGCGUAAUGUCAUCAGUCCAAAACUGCAUUACUUUUGUAAGAACACUGGUUAAUUUGUAUAAGAUAUUAUAUAGCUUUUUAUGCUUUAGAGGUUAAACAAUGUCUUUUGGGGGAGAAGGGGAACUAAUUUAUUUUCGUCACUUCUAGAUAUAGUAGCUCUUAUGAAAAGUUUGUUGUGUUUAUAUGUGUGUGUGUGUGUGUGUGUGUGUUUGAUCAAAAGUCAAUUGGAGUAACAGAAUAUAUGGACUGGUAAAUAUUCAGGCUGAAAAUAUUUUAAUCCUGGUCUUCAACUUGAUUUUUCUCUUUAUUUGAAAAGGAUUGUAACUGUGGGGUUUCUGGUCUAUUAAUUUUAAAAUUCCUAUUGAGUUUCUUUGUAUCUGCAAAGAAAGGACUAAACUUUUUCUCAUCAAAAUUAACCUUUUUCCACAAAUAAAUUAUCUACUUAAAUGGAUACUAACAUCUGUUGUCACUGGGCGUUCUGGUUUUGAUUUUGGUUUUUUGUACACUGGGCAGACUGUCAGUUUUCUGAGUACAUAUAAUUGUAAUGUAGCCAUCUCUGCAUUCCCUUCAUAUUCCUGUCUUAACCUCCUGCUUGUGUUUCUUACUCCUUUUCACACACAUAUACAAAAUCCUUUAGUUCUUAAAGGAUUGUGAAGAUUAUCAUGACGUUAGGGACUCUUCUUUCUGUUACAUCUUCUGUCGUUUGCUUUUAUGAAAUUCUUAACCAUCAAUGCCUAUUAGUUAUUCUAAUAUGUGAAGAAAAUAGAUUGAGUAGCGGCAGUACUGUAGGCAGGAAAUACAGUUCAACUGCUGAAUUUCUCCACCCCUAUAAUUUACAGCUUGCUAAUGGAAUUACUGUUAGUUUGUUUGACUUAAUUAGACCUUUGAAAACAACAGGUUUUGCAUGAUGAGAGACUUGUAUGUAACCAGUGAUAAGAUUCUUCCUGAAUGUACAGACAGAAGUAAGCCUGAACACUUCUUAAUUUAAGAACUUUAAAUAGUCCCUGCUUUAAGGGAAUAUGAUGAUGUAUACUAUAACAAAUGUACUUUAUUCUUCUAACACAAUAAGAAUUAUCUGUGUUUUCCUGAAAUGAAGUAUAUAUAGUUCCUGUGUAUUUCAGUUUUGUGAUGAUUUUAUUUCUAGUCAAUUAUUUGUAUCUUUAAUUUUUUGUUAGUACCAAAAGAAUCCAUUAAGUAAACAGACUUUUAAAAUAAUUUCUGCAUAUUACAUAUAUGAAAUGGCUUUUAUUGAACAGCUUAUCUUCCACUUGCAAGUUUAUGGAAAUAUCAGUAUGUUAAAGUAAAUAAAAAGUGGGAGAAUUCUUUGCUGUUA